AUGCUCCGUCUGGUCGUGACGCUGCUGUCCGCUGCGGCCCUGAGCUCGCUCGUCCCGUGGGUGUCGGCCUCGCUGCUGCCCGCGCUGACCUUUGAACAGCCGUUUGAGGUGGUCAACGCGGACGGCAAACGUGAGAUCGCGGACACGUUUGUCUACGGCGGUGCCACAGAGGUGAAGAAGAACUUUAUCCGCCUCACGACGGACCGCCAGAGCAAGCGCGGCCACAUCUGGAGCAAGGGCUCGAUUGACAAGGACGAGCUGGCCACGGUCAUUGCGUACCGCAUCCACGGUCAGGGCAAAAAGUGGUUUGGCGACGGCAUUGGCCUCUGGUUCACGCAGGAACCCGAGUGGAAAAACGGCGACAAUCACGGCUUUACCGACAAGUUCUACGGCUUUGGCAUCAUUCUGGACACGUUUCGCAACGUCGAGCACCGCGGCGGCCACAAGGACGUGGCGAUUCAGGUGAACGACGGCCAGAAGGUCUUGGACGACUUUAACGACGAGGACAAGAUUGGCUGCGACGCUGCGUUUCGCUACCACUCGAACAGCGCCAGCUUUGACCCGGUGUACAGCUCGUCGCGCAUCCGCGUGAAAAUCAAGGGCAAGUCGCUUGAGGUGGAGGUCGACGCGAACAACUCGGGUGCCUGGGCAGAGUGUUACAAAGGCGACUUGCCGUUUUCGGACGACUGGCUGCGUCGCGCGACGAUCGGUAUCACGGCUUCGACGGGUGCGCUGGCGGACAACCACGACAUUCUGCGUGUGCAGUCGUUCGACGAAGCACACGACGAGGGUUUGACGAUGGUCGACGCCGAGACGUGGUCGCACAACUACUCGAAAGAGUUUGAGUCGUUCAUGGACGACACGCACUGUGAACAGACGUGCAAGGCGGUGAUUCUGGAGAGGUUUGUGGAGAACUUCCAGAUCGAGACCGAGCACUGGUUUGAGAUGUUGCGGGAGCAGACGGAGAACACGAUCAAGAAGCUGAGGGAGAAGGAGCGGCAGAACCAGCGCAAGAUCCAGGUGCUGGUGGACCGCAUGGAGACCAUGAUGGACAAGAAGAUUGGCCAGAAGAUGGCCGACGUGCGCUCCAACAUGAACGAGAAGAUCGCGACGGGAGUUGAAGGGGAGCUCACGGUCGCCCAGUCGAGCUGGCGUCUGCCGUUCUUCGUCAUGGUCGUGCUUAUUGCAGGCGGCGUCGGCGUGGCGUACCAGAAGUACCGCAAGCUGGUCAAGAGCCAUUUGUACUAG